UGUCAUUACACAGGACCGCGGAGGUGGGAUCGCGCUUCAUGAACACUUAUUUACCCAGGGCUCAGUCUAGACAGCUUCAGGUCAACUUUCAAUGUCAACAGAGAGCGUCCCGUCGCAGGACUGGGACCUGCAGGGACGGCGCGGUGUUCAACAGGACAUUUGAAAUCGAAAGAAGAAGAAUGAAGGGUCCGCUUACUCUCGUCCGCCCUCUCCGCCUCCUCGUUCAGCAGUCCGCUGCUGGCCUCGUCCCAGGUCAGGAUCAGAGGCACGUCGUCGUCCUCCGUCUCCAUCAUGAACAGCUCAGAGACCUGUGAUCCUCUCCGAGGUCUGCAAGGCGGCAGCGGUCAGUGGGGAUCCUUAAGCAGCGACGUCCUCUAAAGCCCCGUCCCAGCCCUGGGAGACAUGGCCGGGGAGUCUGUCACUCACCCGAUGGGGUGUCUGACACUCACCCGGUGGGAUGACUGUCACUCACACGGUCCGCGGGGAGGCGUGGGCUCAGAUGUUAACACCGAGGCUGUUGUUGUGUCUGUACCCGGCUAGCAAUGCGAACAGCAUCGCUUCUAAAAAGCCCCGCGACGAUGUCAACAACAAACAUCGACAUGCAGUCUUGUGAUGUGGUACAAACAAACGGCAAUUCACGACAUACGACCGGGAAGUGUUUCGCGACAUGCCGCGUCGAGAUACGGCGGGCGGAUGUUUCAAAGUAAAAGACAGUUUGGUUUCUUAGCAACAGCGAUGAAGAAACAUCAACAGAAAACGUUUUUCACCAACUGACCCACUGACUCUGCAAAACUAGUUAGUGCAAUUAGUUGGUUAGUGCGUGCAAAGUUUUGGCCCAGAAUAUCUGACAAGAACUACUGGUUUUAAAAGCACGUUCAGAGGUGAAGAUCAUGUCAGCAGGGCCUGGUCCAGAUCCACCAUCCAGGCCGAUCAGCGAGGAGGCCAUGAGGAUCCUGGAGCCUUCCCAGAAGAAGCUGCCCUCCCUGGAGGCCGAGCGCACCGCCGGUGUGAUGGCGGACUGCCUCCACCAGGUGGAGCUGCUGGCCAUGCUGCCCUCCGUGCUGCAGAACCUGGACCGCCUGUCUCCCAGCCUGAGCGAGGAGCUCGGCGAGGCUCUGAGCGGGCACCGGCUCACCGUGGAGAGGGUGGACCAGGCGGAGGAGGCGCCGACGGCUGAGCUGGACAAGGAGUUCCGGUCCUCCUUGAAGAACGUCCUGAGGCUGCUCCGAGACCGCCCCGCCGACCUCAGGGCUGUGAGGGCCGCGGCCGAGGCGGGGGGCCCGGGGCGGAGCGAGGGCAUGCAGGGUCUGAUCGGGGGGCUGCAGGGUCUCCACCGGAUCCUGGUGCAGCGCCUGCUGACCGGGCCCGGCGAGGAGAGGCAGCGGGCGCGGUUCCUCCAGGACCUGGCUCAGAGACACGCCAACAACCUGGGCCUGCUGGCCCUGUUGGAGGAAAAGGUGGCGGCCGUCACCCGGGAGAGAGACGCGGAGAAUAACUUCUAG